CUUUCUCUGUUUCCAUUUUUUCGUUUUGACCGGUUAAUCAGAAUCUUUUUUAUUAAAAGAAGAAAAAGAAAAAAGAAGAAGAAGAAGAAGAGGGCACGUGGUGAAUGGUGAAGAUGCUUUACUGCCACUGGUCCUCGCCUUCCCCCUUCUCCUCCCUAAUCAAAGUCGCCUGAGAAUCUGAGCUCUCUCUCUCUCUCUCUCUCCCCUUUUUUUUUAAUCUCCGGCCUCUACACGGAGAGCUCCACUCUCGAGCGGCGAUUCGCUCCGUGGAUUGUUCUUCCUCAGUUUGUGCAUUUCCUCAAUUCGGUGGAUUGAAUCUUCUUCCUCGCGACGCAACGACUUUUUUUUUUUUGUUUUUCCAUCUUCCAGUUUGGUAAUUACUGCUUAAAGCUAGAUAGUUUAGGAGUGUGACUUCUUUAUUUUCUUCUUAGGUUUUGAGAGAUAAGAGUAAUGGGGGAUAUAACUUGGGUUGAGGAGGGUAAUAACAAUGUCUCUGCAAUAUCAUCGAGGAAAAGAAAAGCUAGACCUAAAAGAUUCGAAUUCAUAGGAUGGGGUUCGAGACAACUCAUUGAGUUUCUCCAGUCACUUGGUAAAGAUACUACUGAUAUGAUCUCUCGCUAUGAUGUUACUGAUACCAUUGCUAAGUACAUUGCUAAAGAAGGUCUUUUGGAUCUUUCUAAUAAAAAGAAAGUUAAAUGCGAUCGAAGGUUGCUUUCGCUUUUCGGGACUAGGAAGAUUUUCAGAAUGAAAGUCUAUGAUUUGUUGGAAAAGCAUUACGCUGAGAAUCAGGAUGAUUCGGAUUUUGAUUUUCUUUAUGAUGAUGAGACGCCUCAGAUCAUUUGUCAUUCGGAUAAGGUAGCUAAAAUGGGGAGUAAGGUUGUUGUUAAGAAACCUAGAGCUAGAGGUACUUUUGCUGCGAUUGUUAGUGAUAAUAUCAAGCUUAUCUACUUGAGAAAGAGUUUAGUUCAGGAAUUGAUCAAGUCUCCUGACACCUUUGAGGGUAAAAUGUUGGGAAGUUUUGUGAGGAUUAAGUCUGAUCCUAAUGAUUAUCUUCAGAAGAACCCUUAUCAGCUUGUUCAGGUUACAGGCGUGAAGAAGGAACAUGGGACUGAUGAUUUUCUUCUUCAGGUUACAAACUAUGUGACAGACGUUUUUAUAUCUAUGCUCUCUGAUGAUAAUUUCUCCCAGGAAGAAUGUGAAGAUUUGCAGCAGAGAAUAAAGAACGAGCUUCUUAAGAAGCCUACAAUUGUGGAGAUGGAAGAAAAGGCUAGAAGUUUACAUGAAGAUCAGACAAAACACUGGCUUGGAAGAGAAAUUAUACAGUUACAAAGGCUUAUUGAUCGGGCCAAUGAGAAGGGAUGGCGAAGAGAGCUGUCUGAGUACCUGGAGAAGAAGGUUCUUCUUCAAAAUCCAGAAGAACAGGCCCGGUUAAUCCGUGAAGUUCCAGAAGUUAUUGAAGAGAAACUUGUACCGAACCCUGAAGCGUCCCCUGAGGCUCAUAAUAGUGACAACGAGCAACAAUUGAGUGAAUCUCCAUUAUCGUGCAUCCAAGAAACCCCAGAAGUCCGCAACCUCUUUGGUAGAGAAGAUCAACAAUGUAAUGGCUAUCUAAUAUCAAACCCCAACACAACUCCGGGAAUCACGUCUCAUGCUAUGGAAUUAAACGAGAGAUUGCCAACUUGGAUUGCUUCUACAGGUGAUGAAUAUCUUCAUGGAGAUGUAGAGCAGCCAGCAAAUGGCAUCACUGGAGGAGAGACGCCGAUUAAAGAGUCUGAAGUUUCUCAGCAUCAGUCAAAUAUAUCAGUAACUAAUCCCAACAACGUAUCUCAAGCUCAACCAAAUCCAUCAGAGAUAAUCGAACUGAGCGAUGAUGACGAAGAUGACAACGGUGAUGGAGAGACCCUUGACCCUAGAGUUGAAGAUGUUCAGGUUCCGUGUUAUGAUAAAGAGAAGUUAAACUGGUUAUACAAAGAUCCCCAGGGUCUUGUACAGGGACCUUUCUCUCUCAUGCAACUCAAAGUUUGGAGCGACGCAGAUUACUUCAGCAGAACCUUCAGGGUUUGGAUGACAGGACAAAGCAUGGAAUCCGCGGUUUUACUAACCGAUGUUCUUCGUCGAGUUUAACCAAAUGGAAUACUUUGAAGACUAUUAGAUUCAAUCAAGAGUGGUUUGAGUUAGCUGUUACCGUCUGUUUUUAUUUUCCAGUUGCAGUAGGUUUUGCUCCUCCUUUUAAGUAAACAGCGAAUAAGAAAAGGAUGUGAAGCUCACACAGUGUUAUAUAACCUUUUUGACUCCAUGAGUAUAAACAAUUGUUUGAUCCCAUCA